UUGAGCAUCUCCUGCUCAUUUUCCCGCCUAAAUGCCUCUCUAGGCCAGGCAUUCCUCUUCAUUUUUGCCGCCAAACCCCCCACUUCUCUCUCUCUCUCUCUCUCUCUCUCUCGCACCAGGUAAACCAUGAGCAUGGCGAAGGGCCUUGAUUUCAGCACAGACAAAGUUCUGGCGAAAGAGUUCCUUUCUAACUUUGCUGAUGCAAUUGGCGAAGCAAAGUACAUGAACAUCCUUCAAGAAGUUGCGAACCGUAAAAUCCGAGCAGUUCAGAUUGAUCUCGAGGACUUGUUUAAUUACAAGGACUUGGAUGAAGAAUUUCUCAGACGCAUUACCGAGAAUACCCGAAGGUAUAUUGGGAUUUUUGCUGAGGCAAUUGAUGAGCUCAUGCCAGAACCCACGGAGGCCUUUACGGAUGAUGAUCAUGACAUAUUGAUGACACAAAGGUCUGAUGAAGGGCCGGAGAAUAUGGACGGUUCUGAUCCACUUCAGAAAAUGCCUCCAGAAAUCAAACGCUACUUUGAAGUUUAUAUAAGAGCUUCAUCAAAGGGACGGCCAUAUACCAUCAGGGAGGUCAAGGCUUCAUACAUUGGCCAACUUGUGAGGAUAUCUGGUAUUGUCACGCGUUGCUCAGAUGUGAAACCAUUAAUGCAGGUAGCCGUGUAUACAUGUGAAGACUGCGGUUUUGAAAUUUACCAGGAAGUGACUGCUCGAGUUUUCAUGCCCCUGUUUGAGUGUCCAUCCAAGCGUUGUGUAACAAACAAAACAAAGGGGAACCUUAUUCUGCAGCUCAGGGCAUCAAAGUUUUUGAAGUUUCAAGAGGCCAAAAUUCAAGAGUUGGCUGAACAUGUUCCAAAAGGUCAUAUUCCACGAACGAUGACUGUCCAUUUGAGGGGAGAACUCACAAGAAAGGUAGCCCCAGGUGAUGUUAUUGAAUUAUCUGGGAUUUUUCUCCCCAUUCCAUACACUGGGUUUAGAGCGAUGCGUGCUGGCUUAGUUGCAGAUACGUACUUAGAGGCCAUGUCUGUCACACAUUUCAAGAAAAAAUAUGAAGAGUAUGAACUUAGAGGAGAUGAGGAAGAACAAAUUGCACGUUUAGCUGAGGAUGGUGAUAUUUAUAAUAAGCUGUCCCGAUCAUUGGCACCUGAAAUUUUUGGACAUGAAGAUAUAAAAAAAGCUCUACUUCUUCUCCUUGUGGGUGCUCCUCACCGGAAGUUGAAAGAUGGAAUGAAGAUUAGAGGAGAUUUACAUAUAUGUUUGAUGGGUGAUCCUGGGGUUGCAAAGAGUCAACUUCUUAAGCACAUAAUUAAUGUCGCACCCAGGGGCGUGUACACUACUGGCAAAGGAAGCAGUGGAGUUGGUCUAACUGCUGCCGUUCAGAAAGAUCCAGUGACAAAUGAGAUGGUCCUGGAAGGAGGAGCUUUGGUGCUAGCGGACAUGGGUAUAUGUGCCAUUGAUGAGUUUGACAAGAUGGAUGAAUCAGAUCGAACCGCGAUACACGAAGUUAUGGAGCAGCAAACUGUCAGCAUUGCUAAGGCUGGAAUCACUACGUCCCUGAAUGCAAGAACUGCUGUUCUGGCUGCAGCCAAUCCAGCUUGGGGAAGAUAUGACCUAAGAAGAACUCCAGCUGAAAACAUUAAUCUUCCUCCAGCCCUUCUAUCAAGAUUUGACCUUCUAUGGCUGAUCCUUGAUCGAGCAGAUCUUGAUAGUGAUCUUGAAUUGGCUAGGCAUGUGGUCUAUGUGCACCAGAAUAAAGAAUCUCCUGCUCUUGGUUUCACUCCCCUUGAUCCAUCUGUUCUUCGUGCUUAUAUUUCAGCAGCCAGAAGAGUGUCUCCUUGUGUCCCAAGGGAACUGGAGGAGUAUGUUGCUAGUGCUUAUUCCAGCAUUCGGCAAGAAGAAGCCAAAUCUAAUACUCCACAUUCCUAUACAACUGUCAGAACUCUGCUCAGCAUUCUCCGGAUAUCAGCUGCACUAGCAAGACUCCGUUUUUCUGAUACUGUGGCUCAGAGUGAUGUGGAUGAAGCACUUAGGUUAAUGCAGAUGUCGAAGUUCUCUUUGUACUCAGACGAGCGCCAAAAAUCUGGACUGGAUGCUAUCUCAGAUAUCUAUUCAAUCUUGCGAGAUGAAGCUGCAAGGACUAAUAGGAUGGAUGUGAGCUAUGCUCAUGCACUCAACUGGAUAUCUCGGAAGGGAUACAGUGAAGCCCAACUGAAAGAAUGUUUGGAGGAAUACGCAGCCUUAAAUGUGUGGCAGAUACAUCCCCACACCUUUGACAUCCGAUUUAUCGAUGCCUGAAGUGUGCCCCUUGCUUGUAUAGGAAUGGCUAUGAUUAACCGGCACUUGAGGUGAAGUUGGUGGAAAGCUCAAAAUUAAUGUCUGGAUUAUGUUGUAAUUUGAUUUUACAGAAUUUCAGAGGUACUUGUGAUUGUUAGAGCGGGCUAGAGUUAGCUUAUUUAAGUUAUCAGUUGCUAAAUUACCUGACUUUAAAUUUGAACAA